CUCCCGAGCGAUCAGUUUAAGCCAAGAUCGCGACGCGUUCGCUUGGAUUUCUCUCCCCCGAGUUGCGGUGCAUUUUCAAUCGCCGAGAUUGACAAACAAUACAAUACAAAAGCAAAACAAAGUUGUACUCCAGCAACAACAACAAAUAAACAAAAAACGCGCAGUAAAUUCAACUAUUUUUAGCGGAUUACGUGAGUGUCAUUUGAAUUUUUUCGGCGUGAAGUAAACGCCCGACUUGAAAAAAAAAAAAAAAGAACAAACAGAGUGCUGGCCAAAUUUGCUCACCAUCUGUAUCUGUGUCUAAGCCAGAGUUUUGCGUGUGUGUGUGUGUGUGUGUGUGUGUUGGCCAGCUCCAAAACCUGCUGCUAUUAUUAGCCUUAGCCAAGAUUAUGGGCGAUUUCAUUAUGGCGCUGCAAUUUGCUGUUCCGCCGCAAAAAAAAAAAUACAAAAAAAAAACUAACUUUAGGCCGAGAAGAUUUGAGCUAAGUUAGACGAGUUCCGAAGUCCGUUGGCCGUUGGCCGUUGGCCAUUGUGUUUGGGCCGCUUUGAACCGAUUGAAACCAAGUUGGGAGAAGCUGCAACGCCUUUCAUUCAUUCAUUCAGCGAUUCAUGGCAGCGAUUAUAUGUGUAUGAUAUAAUCGCUGCCAUGAAUCGCGCUCUAUUCCAAGUAUUUACGUGUUGGCUGGCAUUUUGGCCAGAACCAGUAAAGGUUUUUGGCCCACACACACACACUAACAGAGUACAGAGUGUGCUUACACCAACGCAUUUGCAUAACUCCGAAGGGGACGACGUCAUCGCCUUUAUUUAUAUUAAUAUUUAUCCACAUAUCUUGCCCUGUUUGUUUUUUUUGGCUUUCGGGUUUUUCGGCACUGCAGUGCCAAGUGAAGUGUAAUGAAAUGUGUACAGCAGCCAGAAACUAACAACCUGUCGCAGUGGCUGGCAAAAAGCGUUAACAAUAAAUAAGCGAAACAAUACAAUACUCUAGCAGCAACGCCACCAGUUCAACUGUAUAACAAUGAGGAGAGAAGGCACCUCGACGAAUUGCUAGACGACGCGUCCAUUAGCAGUCAAUCAGGCGAGGAGGAGCCUGAGCAGCAGAAGAAGAUACAGAUACAGCCAGCGGAGGAGAGGAAAGGAUACACAGAAUGCACGAGAGACAAGUGAAGAAGUUGAAAGGCAGCCAUUAUGUGGCCACGCACGGACGCCUCACCCCGGAUCCGCCCUACGUCCACUCGAACCGCGGCUACUCCACCGACGGCGACGAGACCCACUCCCAUCGGGCUCCCUCGGAGCGCACCUACUCGGAGUACACGCUGACCCACGAGCGCGUCUCGCCGCAGUACAAUCCGUCGCGCAAGAAGCGCUCCACAUCCGCCAAUGGCCACCAUCACCUCCAGAGCAGCUAUAGCCACAGUCAGAUGGGCCUCUCCAGUUCGCCGGACAACGGAGGUCCCCGCUCGCUCAGCGGUCCGCCGCCCACGCGCCAACCCCCGCGCGCCCCCUCCGCCUUGAGUUACGACCAGGCCGGGGAUGCCGGCAGCGACAUUUAUGUGACCAGUGCCGCCUACAAGGCGCCCUCCGAGAUCAGUCGCUACAGCCAGCGUCCUGUUUCCCGAGGAGCCCCGCGGAGUGUUUACUCGGUGGCCAGUACGGCCAAGACCGGACGCAGUGCCCGAUCAACGACCAGGAGGGGCGCCAAGAUCGAGACGAUGUCCGCCCCAAACCCCUUCUGCCCGAAUGUGAAGGGAGUCUGUUGCCUGAUGCUGCUACUGAACUUGGGCCUGAUCCUGGUCACCCUGGGCUUCGUAAUCGUGGUGCAAUUCUACGAGCCGCUCUACGUGUGGAUACUGGGCAUCGUGUUCCUGAUCUUCGGCUUCCUCACGCUGAUCGGCUGCAUGAUCUACUGUGUGUAUGUGUUCAGGGACGCCAAGACGCCGUCCCAGGUGCGAAACGAGGAUCUCUACUGGACGCGACACUGGCAGAAGAACAUUGGGUACACGCCGCAGGAGAUCAACUACAAGGCGGACAAGUACGAUGCCUAUUCCGAUCGCUAUUCGGUCAGCAAGUUGAGCGGCAAAUACUCGGAUCGCGAGAGCCAGCGAUAUUGAUUCUUUGUUAUAUACGGUUGAGCACAGGGUUUGAAUUAAACCCUAGACAGCGAUGAAUAUCCGUAGAAACGUAUAAACCACUUAUAUCUUAACUAAUUUUAAGACUAUGUACUAGUUCUAAACGGUUAUUAACAAGGCCCCUCAACGUACCUGCUGCAAGCUGCUUGCUAGUUUGUAUGUUUUAAGAGAAACUGGACGGAAACGAGAGGAUACAUGAGAGUAUUGUAAUCUGCCAUAUUUGCGAAGGUUUACCGCUCGUUCGGCUAAUCAACAAGAGAGUUUUACGCUAAAAUUAUAACUGCAACUGUAACACAAGAAAAAUAAACAAGCGAAUAAUACAUAAUACAGAAAACAGUAAAA